AUGGCUGGCUUGAAAUGUGAUGGGAAAUUUCCGGUGACGGAGGAGGUAUCAAUGGAAGAAGAUGAUGGUGGUGAUGAAACGAGGAAGAUUGGAGUCUCUGGAGGAAAUAUAUCACUUGUUGUUGAUUUUAGUGGCUCUUUGACUCGGACUAGAUCUCAAAAUGUUUCCCCAAAUGAGAAUCUUGUUAAGGAAAAUCAAACUCAGGAGCUUCUGGUUGGGAAUCUUGUAUGGACGAUGACUAAAUCCAAGAAAUGGUGGCCAGGGGAAGUUGUUGGUUUCAGAGCUGAUGCAAAGGAGAGUUUCAUGGUUAGACAUCUUGGUGAGAGCCAGCUUGUUUCUUGGUGCGCACCUUCAAAGCUGAAGCCUUUCAAGGAGAGCUUUGAGAAGCUGGUGAAUCAAAGAAACGACAAUGGCUUUUUCGCUGCGGUAGAGAAUGCUAUGACCCUGUUGGGAAACUCGUUGAAGCUUGAGAUGACUUGUUCUUGCAUUGCUGAGAAGAACGGAGUAAUGCCGUCUCAAUAUGGUAAAACUCGGAAGACGAAGCCUUUGAUACUUCGUGAAUUCUCUGUGGAUCGGUUGGAACCAAAAGAUUUUGUCUUUGAGUUGAAGAAUCUGGCGAAAUGUGUUUCGAAUGGUGGGAUACUUGAGAUGACAGUUAUGCAGAGUCGGUUAUCAGCUUUUUACACUUUCUUUGGGCAUAGGCAGGUACCAAUGAGCGAGCUACAACAAAACGAGGUUAGGAAAGUGUUCACUGCAGCUAAGAUGAAAGAGAGUCAGUUCGUUGGUUCUCCGUCCGUUGUUGCAGGUAGUAGCAGGAGGAAGUUUCGGAAAGAAUGGUUUAGGAAAUUUGUCAGUGAGGUUGACAAUGUGUCUGCGAGAAACGAUUUAGUGAAUGCGUCUCCUUCUGAUUUGGUAUCUAAACUCAAGCUGCUUGCUGUGGGCUACAGUUGUUCAGAAGAGACUGAAGAUAUUGGUCUCUUUGAGUGGUUCUUCUCCAAAUUCAGAAUUUCUGUGUAUCAUGAUGAGAAUGCUUACAUGAUGCAGUUGGGUAACAUGGCUGGUUUGAAGGAUUUGAUGCUAGCUAAAGAUGCAAAUCCAGGUUCUACGCAGAAAACCUCCAUGUCAAAAACAUUAGGGAAGUCAAAGAUUGUUUCAGUUGCUGAUACUGAGCAGAAGAAGACCUUUGAGACGCAGAAAUCAGUGAAGUCAAAGAUCGAGACUUUGACUGGUGUUUCAGUUGCUGAUACUGAGCUGAAGACCUUUGAGUCGCAGAAAUCAGAGAAGUCAAAGAUCGAGACUCUUAAUGGCGUU